GUGGGUAGGAGGAGAAGAGGAAGGAGGCAGGAGGAAGGAUGGGCGGCCUUGGCGUAGCCGCAGGGAGGUGACUGAAGCCAGCCCAGCCCCUUGCAUCCUCCCCCUGUGAACCUCCCUCCCCUUUUUUUCCGCCUUCUGCCAGCAGCAGCAGCAGCCGCAGCACCUGAGCCGCUGCUGCCGCUAGCUCAGGACAACGCUAUGGCUGAGCCUGGGCGCAGCCUCCAUCCCUCCGCCGGACGCAGGGGAAGAACUGAGCGGCGCACACUCCGGCUUCUGCGGCUGCUGCUCUGGGCUGGGACCGCCUUACAGGUGACCCAGGCAGCGGGACCGGAGCUUCACGCCUGCAAAGAGUCUGAGUACCACUACGAGUACACCGCGUGUGACAGCACGGGAGCCAGGUGGAGGGUCGCCGUGCCGCACACCCCGGGCCUGUGCACCAGCCUCCCCGACCCUGUCAAGGGCACUGAGUGCUCCUUUUCGUGCAAAGCCGGGGAAUUUCUGGACAUGAAGGACCAGUCCUGCAAGCCAUGCGCUGAGGGCCGCUACUCCCUCGGCACGGGCAUCCGGUUUGACGAGUGGGAUGAGCUGCCCCACGGCUUUGCCAGCCUCUCAACCAACAUGGAGAUCGAGGACACCACCACUGAGUCCACGGAGAACUGCACCGCGUCCAAGUGGGUUCCCCUGGGUGACUACAUCUCCUCCAACACGGACGAAUGCACAGCCACGCUGAUGUAUGCUGUCAACCUGAAGCAGUCUGGCUCCGUCAACUUCGAGUACUACUACCCAGACUCCAGCAUCAUCUUCGAGUUUUUUGUUCAGAAUGACCAAUGCCAGCCCAAUGUGGAUGACUCCAGGUGGAUGAAAACCACAGAGAAAGGAUGGGAAUUCCACAGUGUCGAGCUAAACCGAGGCAAUAAUGUCCUCUAUUGGAGAACCACAGCCUUCUCGGUGUGGUCCAAAGUUUCCAAGCCCGUGCUGGUGAGAAACAUCGCCAUAACAGGGGUGGCCUACACUUCAGAAUGCUUCCCCUGCAAACCUGGCACAUACGCAGACAAGCAGGGCUCUUCUUUCUGCGAACUUUGCCCAGCCAACUCUUACUCAAAUAAGGGAGAGACUUCCUGCCACCAGUGUGACCCUGACAGAUACUCAGAAAAAGGAUCCUCCUCCUGCAAAGUACGCCCAGCCUGCACAGACAAAGACUACUUCUACACUCACACAGCCUGUGAUGCCAACGGAGAGACACAGCUCAUGUACAAAUGGGCCCAGCCAAAAAUCUGCAGUGAAGAUCUCAAGGGGGCUGUGAAACUGCCCGCUUCUGGCGUGAAGACCCGCUGCCCACCCUGCAACCCAGGCUUUUUCAAAACCAACAACAGCACCUGCGAGCCCUGCCCUUACGGCUCUUACUCCAAUGGCUCUGAUUGCACCCACUGCCCAGCCGGGACUGAGCCUGCCGUGGGAUUUGAAUACAAAUGGUGGAACACGUUGCCCUCGAACAUGGAAACCACCGUUCUCAGUGGGAUCAACUUUGAGUACAAGGGCAUGACCGGCUGGGAGGUGGCUGGUGAUCACAUUUAUACAGCGGUUGGAGCUUCAGACAAUGACUUCAUGAUUCUCACUCUGGUUGUGCCAGGAUUCAGACCGCCACAGUCAGUGAUGGCAGACACAGAGAAUAAAGAGAUGGCCAGGAUCACAUUUGUCUUUGAGACCAUCUGUUCUGUGAACUGUGAGCUCUACUUCAUGGUGGGUGUGAAUUCUAGGACCAACACUCCCGUGGAGACGUGGAAAGGUUCCAAAGGCAAACAGUCCUACACCUAUAUCAUCGAGGAGAAUGCUACCAUGAGCUUCACCUGGGCCUUCCAGAGGACUACUUUUCAUGAGACCGGCAGGAAGUAUACCAAUGACGUUGCCAAGAUCUACUCCAUCAAUGUCACGAACGUCAUGGAUGGAGUGGCCUCCUACUGCCGCCCCUGUGCCCUGGAAGCCUCUGACGUGGGCUCCACCUGCACCGCUUGUCCUGCUGGCCACUACAUCGAUCGGGAUUCAGGAACCUGCCACUCCUGCCCCCCUAACACAAUCCUGAAAGCCCACCAGCCUUAUGGCGUCCAGGCCUGCACGUCCUGUGGUCCAGGGACCAAGAGCAACAAGAUCCACUCUCUGUGCUACAAUGACUGCACGUUCUCAAUCAACACUCCGACCAGGGUUUUGGACUACAACUUCUUGGCUUUGGCAAAAACCAUCUCUCUGGCUGGAGGGCCAAGCUUCACUUCCAAAGGGCUGAAAUACUUCCAUCACUUCACCCUCAGUCUGUGUGGAAACCAGGGUAAGAAAAUGUCCGUUUGUACUGACAAUGUCACUGACCUCCGGAUUCCUGAGGGUGAGUCAGGUUUCUCCAAAUCCAUCACCGCCUACAUCUGCCAGGCGGUCAUCAUUCCCCCGGAGGUGACAGGCUACAAGGCUGGAGUGUCCUCACAGCCUGUCAGCCUGGCUGACCGACUUAUCGGGGUGACAACAGAUAUGACUCUGGAUGGAAUCACCUCCCCAGCUGAACUUUUCCACCCGGAGUCCUUGGGAAUACCGGACGUGAUCUUCUUUUAUAGGUCCAAUGAUGUGACCCAGUCCUGCAGUUCUGGGAGAUCAACCACUGUGCGUGUCAGAUGCAGUCCACUGAAACCCGCCCCCGGAAGUCUGUCGCUACCUAGCACAUGCUCCGAUGGGACCUGUGACGGCUGUAACUUCCACUUCCUGUGGGAGAGUGUGGCUGCCUGUCCGCUCUGCUCCCCAGCUGACUACCACGCUAUCGUCAGCAGCUGCGUGGCUGGCAUCCAGAAGACUACUUACGUGUGGCGAGAACCAAAGCUAUGCGCGGGUGGCAUCUCCCUGCCUGAGCAGAGAGUCACCAUCUGCAAAACGAUCGAUUUCUGGCUGAAAGUGGGCAUCUCUGCAGGCACCUGUACUGCCAUCCUCCUCACCGUCUUGACCUGUUACUUUUGGAAAAAGAAUCAAAAACUGGAGUACAAGUACUCCAAGCUGGUGAUGAAUGCCACCCUCAAGGACUGCGACCUGCCAGCAGCUGACAGCUGUGCCAUCAUGGAAGGCGAGGAUGUGGAGGAUGACCUCAUCUUUACCAGCAAGAAGUCACUCUUCGGGAAGAUCAAAUCAUUUACCUCCAAGAGGACUCCUGACGGAUUUGACUCGGUGCCACUGAAGACAUCAUCAGGAGGCCCAGACAUGGACCUGUGAGAGGCCCCGCCCUGCCUCCCCUGCCUCCUCACCUUGGCACAUCACCUUGCAAGCCUGUGGUGAUUUGGGUGCCAGCUUCCUGCUGGAAAUCUCUUCAUUGUGGCCUUAUCAGAAGAAGUUUGAAUUUCAGAUUACUGUUUUUUUAUAGAGUACCCAAACCCUACUUUCUGCUUGCCUCAAACCUGUCAAAUACACCCACACUUUGUUUGUAUAUUACUCCCUUGCUUGCAUCUUGUUUCCCCAAAUGGUCCAGCCUCACCAGAGCCAUGGCUUUGUCUGCUCAUAAUUCUUACAGCACUGGAGUGAAAAGAUUUCUCUCUUCUUAAGUAUAGAAACAACUUCAUCUGUCCUCUUAUUUAAGGGCAGAAGCAGCUGGGAGUUUUUCUGAUGAUAUGCCCUCAGCUCCUGAUCUCUUUAGGAGAGAGGUUGGGGAAGGAGGGUGUGGGCAUUCCCUCCUGGACCUGCGUGGUAGUCUGGAUUCAUCAUCCCUGGAUGACCAACUCAAACUGAGUUUCAUGGAUAGGCUGAGGGCAAGGUGAGUAAGGCGUGGGGAAGAAAAGGCUCAAUAAGCACAAAAGAGAAGCAACAAGGAAAGUUUUGUUUUAUUUUUUAAACUAGGUACUUCACUCCCUUUUCCUAAGUAAGUGAUAAAUAUUCUCACAGAAGCCAAAGGAAAAAGUGCACCAAGAAAAUGCCCCAAGCCGUGGUGGACCUAUUCUCCACAUUUUUUUUUUUUUUUAACAUCCCACCAUCUCCCUAUAACACUAAAGAGAAAAGGGAAAUGUUCUAGCUUUAUUCUCUGCUUGCUUUUACCCACAGAGAUGACAAACCCUACCAGUAAGGAAAAUUGCCUGUCCUUGAGGGCCCCAUUCCUAGAGGCUUGAGCCGUAUCAUGGAAGAGGGGUAUCUUAUUUUGAAAGAACACAAGGAUGCAAAGGUUUUAAUGGGGUCAUACCAGGGGAUCCACCCCACAGUGGGAUGGACCUGAGGUGGCCAAGAUGUCUGGUCCUCAGCUUAACUCACUCAUCUGCUCAGCUAUGGAAUAAACAUUUUCUAAGCUGGCCAAAAGACGAAAGGACUCCCAGCCCCUACUACAGCCACGGAACCAGAUCAGUCUUCAAGGAGGAAAGAGUAGAGGGAGUUGAACCAGGUGUUUAGCAAACGGAACAACUCACACUUUCAAGUCUCUAUCCUUCUCCUUCUCCUGUUCUCACUCCCUAUGUGCGCUAAAAAACUAAAAGGACUUCCUGAUUUCUGGCAGCAUCCUUUUUGAAAGGUGAGUAAAGUGAGUGUCCUCUGUGCCCCUUUUCUCUACUUUUGCACCAAGUAUAAUCAGUGGGCUUCACGUGACUCCAACAGCAAAACCAGUGUAAGAACUUAAUCUCCUAUUUUCUUUCUACUACUGGGAAUUCUCCUUCCCUCACUAUCAGGCUAGCACAACCGUCCCUCGGUCAAGGGCCCAGUUGCCCAUGCUUGUACCCAUCCCCUUUUUUGGGUGGCCACUUGGUGCCCAGAGGGUAGGUAGAGAAUGGGGAUAGCAUUUCUAAGUGGUUUGUCUGCCAUAAAAAUGGUCUGCUGGUCUGGUUAGCCCCUGCUGCGCUGGCAGUGUGGUCUUAUAAAAGGGUCAGUGAGAACCAGGUCCUGGUGUCACUCUGAAGAGAUCACUGCCUUCAGUGACACUCUGCUGUCACUGAAGGCAGGUAGUCCCUUUGGUUCAAUAAACCUAGAAACUUGGGGGGGGGGUCUUCCUCUUAUGGGAGUCAGGCUCUCAGACUCUGCAGGAACGUGGGAAUGUCUCCCACCAGAUGCAGAUACCUAGCUCCUGAACUCCAGCCUCAAGUUUUCUGUAGCCUCGGUAUCACCCUGAGCAUCUGCUUUCCCACUGAAUAACGUUCUUUUGUGACAAGAGCCAUAUAAGGGCCUUAGACCACCUUCAAACCAGUAGGAAGAAGUAUAUGCCCUGUUGACUCCUUUAUUCUGACCUCUGGAAACUGAGUGCCCCCAGAGCAACCUCAAACUCUACUGAUUCGAUGGAGUUGUAAUGCUUUAAGCAUCUCCUGUUUACUAUCGCUUAGUGUGCCGACUUCCCUGUGUCCUGCCAGAAAGCUCCUGAGUUAUGAUAUCAGGGUCACCUGUGGCGUAGACAGAUAUUUUUUUAACUCUACUGAGAUAUAAUUCACAAACCAUACAAUUGGCUCAUUGAAAAUGUACAACUUAAUGGAUUUUAGUAUAUUCACAGAAUUGUGCAGCCAUCACCAUAAUCAAUUUUAGAACAGACACAUGUUAGAUUUUAUAUGGGAAAAGUGUUUAGCUCUUAAGCAAAGGCAAUAGUGGUUUGCUACUGGGGGAGGGAGUGUGGGCUCCAGAGACAAAAUAUUUAUAUCCCAUUUGGCUACCUAGAGUUCUAGAAGACACAAGUAAUUCUCAUCAUGUAGGCAUCACCUGACUUGGCUGGGAAAACAAACAAACACUGUGGUGUAUUCAAGGUCCGGGAGAUUUCUUACGCCAACACAACUUUUUUUGUUUCUUUUGGUCUGACUCUACAUUAAAGAUAAGACUGACUAUAUUUAUACAAUGGAGACUUUGUAACUGAUUUUUCAGCUUUGUGAAACCAAAUUUUUCUCUCAUCAGGACUGCUUGGAUUUCCUUUUUAUUCUGUAUUCCACGAGUUUGUAGGAGAUGGCUAUUGCAUGUCAUACUUUUUUUUCCUUUUUUGUGUGUGAAAUAAAAACAUAUGUUUCAA